CAUUGUACUGAACGUGUCCGUUUUGUACAAGGUGAGGAAUGCUGAAUGCAACAGCCAUUAAAGAACUGACAUACAGAUCCUUACAAGUGGAAAGACUUUUAAAAGAGAGAAAAUAUGAAGAGAUUAUGUACCACCUCUCUUACUUUGAAACACUUGAGGUCAGCAUGCAAACCCUUCAACAGACAGACGUCAUCAGGGUUGUGUACAGGGUCCUUAAGAGCUGUUCCCAAGGAGCUAUGAAAAAGAAGGCCAAGUGCUUGCUUUCCAAAUGGAAGCUCUUAUACAAAGAAAGCUGUGCCCAUCCCAAGCAUCUAGAGGAAUACCACGCAGGUGAAAGCAAAGAAAGCUUUGACAAAGAAAUUGUAACAGUGCAGCCAAUCCCAGAAAAUGAGCAAGAAAACGUUCUGGGUAGUGCAAUAGGUCUUCAGUCCUCCGCAGCAACUCAAGAAACGACAGCUGAAAACACUAAUUCAAGCACACAAGCAGCUUGUUGUACAAAGUCUAGUGCGGCCAAUGACGGUCAGAAGAAAAUCAUUGCUGAGGAAUUAAGAGUAAAAUGUAGAGAACUGUUGUUCCAGGCUUUAUCUGAUACUACAGAGUGCCCGGAGAAAACAAAUACAUAUGCAAAAGAGUUAGAGGAAAGCAUCUAUAAUAUGUAUACUGGAAAUGACAAGAAGUACAGAAACUGUGUACGGAGUAAAGUGUCCAAUCUGAGAAAUCCCCAAAAUUCACACCUAAAAAGGCAGAUUUACUCUGGAGCGUUAAGCCCUGGGGCAUUUGCUACAAUGACUGCAAUAGAGAUGGCUAGUGAUGAACUCCAAAAGCUCAGAGCCAGCUAUACACAAACAAGUGUUCAGGAGCAUCAGCUACCUCAAGGUGUUGAUGGCCUCCAGACAGAUAAAAUUAAAUGUAGGAAGUGUGAAAGGUUUAAUUGCACAGUUACCAUGAUUUCAAGAGGAACUCUGUUUCUGCCUGCAUGGGUGCGGGCUGGAGACCCUGAUGAAGAGAUGAUGACAUUUGUCAUUUGUAAUCAAUGUGGAGAAAAAUGGUAUCAUAGUAGGUGGAUCUGUCUAUGAAAUAAUUCUGUCCUAUUCA